AAUCGCGAAGCGCGCUCGCGGUCCGCUCCGCUCGGCGUGUAAUUGAUAAAGUGAUAAACUACUCGUGUUUUAUAACACUUAGUGAUAAUGGCAGAAACGGCAGAAUUAAAUAAGAAGGCGAAUGACAACCGGCUGAGACCUGCGAUCCGCAGUCACCAGCGAACCCCGUCCGGGUCCCGCGACUUUAAAGAAGCUACCAAACGGGACGCCCUCGCGCGGCUAGAAGUGGAACUAGAGAAAUUACUGGCCACCUUACCUGAGGCUAGGAGACCGCUGGUCACUAAGGAGUUCCAGGGGUUCAAGAACCUCUUCAGCCGGUUUCUUGCUGAAAAGGGCCCAUCAGUAACAUGGGAAAAGAUCGAGAAGCUCCCAGAGGGCGCUGUCAUCGACUACGGCUCCCUAGAGACCCCGACCACAGACAACAUCCACCACAUGCUGGACAAAUUGGUCGUGGUCAAACUUAAUGGUGGUCUGGGGACCUCUAUGGGAUGCAAGGGGCCUAAGUCUGUUAUACAAGUCAGAAAUGAGUUGACGUUCUUGGAUUUGACUGUGCAGCAGAUUGAGCACCUGAACAAGACCUAUAAAUGCAACGUGCCGCUCGUCCUCAUGAACUCGUUCAACACCGACGAAGACACACAGAAGGUCAUCCGCAAAUACAAGGGUCUGAAGCUGGACAUCCACACGUUCAACCAGUCCUGUCACCCGCGUAUCAACAGGGAGUCUCUCCUGCCUGUCGCUAAAGAUGGACAUGUUCAUAAUGAUAUUGAAGCCUGGUACCCACCCGGUCACGGCGACUUUUACGAAUCCUUCCACAACUCGGGACUCCUCCAGAAGUUCAUCACAGAAGGCCGCACCUACUGCUUCAUUAGUAACAUCGACAACCUGGGCGCCACUGUCGACCUCAACAUACUCAACCUGCUGCUCAACCCCAAUCAACAGUCUGUCAACGAGUUCGUCAUGGAGGUCACCAACAAAACCAGAGCCGACGUGAAGGGAGGCACCCUCAUCCAAUACGAAGACAAAUUACGCCUCCUCGAAAUCGCCCAGGUUCCCAAAGAGCACGUGGACGACUUCAAAUCAGUCAGCCAGUUCAAAUUCUUCAACACCAACAACCUGUGGGCCAAACUCGACGCGAUCCAAAGGGUCGUCGAACAAGGAUCGCUAAACAUGGAAAUCAUAGUUAAUAACAAGCAUCUAGGCGAUGGUUUAGACGUCAUCCAACUCGAAACCGCUGUAGGAGCGGCCAUGAAAUGCUUCGAAGGAGGAAUAGGCGUGAAUGUACCUAGAUCAAGAUUCUUACCUGUCAAAAAGACUUCAGAUCUUUUACUCGUCAUGUCCAACUUAUACAGCUUGUCCCAUGGGUCUCUAGUGAUGUCGGAACAGAGAAUGUUCCCGUCCACGCCGCUGGUUAAGUUGGGAGACUAUAAUUUCGCGAAGGUGAAGGAGUUUUUGAACAGGUUCGCUACGAUACCUGACUUGAUUGAGUUGGAUCACUUGACGGUGUCGGGAGAUGUCACUUUUGGAAGAGGAGUUUCUUUGAAGGGUACGGUAAUCAUCAUAGCGAACCACGGCGACCGAAUCGACAUCCCGUCGGGAGCCGUACUAGAGAACAAGAUCGUAUCUGGCAACCUUCGCAUCCUGGACCACUAAACGUACAGACCGCCUUUUCGGCACCAGAGACCUAAGGAAGGCUCAUUUCUCGAAGGUACAAGUUACAAUUUACAAGUGGUUGUCAAUGUCUAAUAAUAUGACAAGUUGGAAAGAGACUUCUGCUUGUAACUUGUAACUUUCAGUUUUGAGAAAUGGGCCCCAGUUAAUUAUAUAAACUGUCUAUCGUACAAGCAUCGAUUUAUUUAGGACAAAUUAAUUUUUAAUCUGUUCGUCGUAAAUCAGUGAUUAUUUGUAUUUCUGCGUAACUAUAAACAAGAAAAAAUGUAGAUAUGCUUUCACGAACGAUUUGUGAACGCAGGCUUUGCCAGAUCUAGAUUACUGAUGUGCCAACGGCAAGUUUCCAACCGAAAUUUAACACAUAAAUAACUCUGAAACUUCCUUUAAUUUUGUAUGGAGAUUAAAACUUUCCAUUUCAUAAAUUAAAUUUCCUAUAUUUCUUGUGAAACUUUCAUGAAAUUUCCAAGAACUUCUCACUUUUUUUGGAAAGUUUCCGCAACAUGCACAUCAGUAAUCUAGAUAUAUCUUUACAAAACUGAUAUUUUAGAAUAUCUUAUUACUUAUCGUUUUAUACUUAAUUCAUUUUCAUAAUGAAAAUAAGGAUAAUAUGGAUUCGUUUUAUGAUAUUCGAUUCGACCGAAAAAUAACUUUUUAGCAUACUUCCAAACGUAAUAUCAGGGUUAAGGGCCAGUUGCAUCAAAC